GUGGGAACAUGGUGCAGGUGCAGCCGCUGUGGAAGACCGGGUGGCGGUUCCUCGAAAAAAUGAAACAGACUUCCCAUAUGAUCCAGCAAUCCCACCCCAAAGAAUGGGAAGCAGGCACCUGAAGAGAUAUUUGCACCCCUGGGUUCAGAGCACCACUAUCCACGACGGCCAAGGGGUAGAGGAUCCAUCGACAGAUGAAUGGAUAAACAAAAUGGGGUCCAGCCACACAAUGGAAUAUUUUUCAGCGUUAAAAACGAAAGAUAUUCUGACACCUGCUACAACACGGAUGGACCCCGGCGACGCGUGCUCGGUGGCAGAAGCCGGUCACGGAAGGACGAACACGGUAGGUAGGAUUCCCCUUACGCGGGCUCUCUAGGAGAGUCACAUUGGUAGAGACAGACAGCAGGUGGCGGGAGGCAGGGGGCCGGGGCCGGGGUUUAAUGGGGACAGAAUCUCGGCGUUGGGAAAUGAAAAGCGUUCUGGAGUCGGACGGUGGAAAUGGUUUCAGAACAACGUCAGUGCACUCAAUGCCGCUGAACUGCACACUUCACCGCGGUGACAGUGGUAAGUUCUACGUCACGGUAUUUCACGACAAUGCUUUUUAAAGGCUGGGUGUGAUCGAUGGGGGGGGGGACACUCACGCGCCACCAAUGGGGGUGUGAAGCAGACGGUCCUUUGGGAGAAUCACUGGAAGGCGUGGUGCAUACGUGUGUCCCGUGACCUGGCUGUUCUCCUGGGGCGUCUACACCUGUGGCAGGUGCCCCAGAGUCCCCUCUGCCCCCCCCCCCUUCUCCAGAGCAACCCGCAGCCUGACAGGAGCUGACGGUCAGCCCUUCUCAACCCCCUCGCCCCUUGGGUUGGACAACUUGGCGGUGUGUCCUCCACUGUCUCCCAGAAGAACAGAGCCCCAGCUGCCUGUGAACCUGCUCCGUUUACCCUCACAGAUGCCUGCUGGCCUCCUUCCUUUCCCGGUGUCACUUCCCAGUUACCCACCCCCCUCCAGGGCGCCCUGGGAUCACCUUCCGGGUGGACCGUUUGCCUCCAAUUCCCCGUGUCAAGGUCUGCACCUAAGACGACACCUCAGUCGUCCACCCACCUGUCAUUUACUGAAUGCCCCCCCACCCCGUGUGCCAGGUACCAUCCCAAGGGUUGGGGACACAGCAGUCAUGGGACUGCCGUCACAGUGACCUCGGCGAUUUGUACAAGUGUGCAAAGCCAUGUGUAUCAGGAUGGUCACCCCGGCGUAAAGCUGUAGACCAGGGCAUGGGCGCUCUCAGAGAGAAGAGGGCCUCCUGUCUGUCUGUCUGUCUGUCUUCGAGCUGCCUGUGGUGGAGCCCACAGACACUUGAAAGAGGCCGGGUCUCCAAGGGUCGCGCCCACUAUAGGGCUUCGCGGAGGAACCCAAGCUUAGAGGGGGUCUCAAUCUUCGAGGUUUCGAGCCUCGGGUCUCGGACUGUCUCCAGUCUAGUGAACUCGUGAGCCUCCCGUGGGGGAGGGGUCUCAUUCCCCCACUUUGUCAAGGUCCCUCUCCCUUCAGUUUUGCAGACAGAAUGGGUCAAAGUUCACCGGAUGCCUCCAGGCUGAAAGGGUGCUUUGCCAGUGUAAGAGCCAGCUCAGGCCUUCUCGGCCAGGGAGGGAUGAGUGGGGGUGGGGAGGCAGCCAUCCUUUCUAGAAGCUGCCCUCCCAGACCGGACUCCAGCCCCAGAUCCCAGAGCCUUCCAGCCCUUGUGCCGCCCCCAAGACCUGGGAGCAGCUCACCCAUCCCCCGAAGUCCGGAGAAGGUCUCAAGGCUGGGCAGGGCCAGACAGGGACCCAGGAGUUGGGCCCAGCGUCCCAGCCAGAGCGUCUUGACCUGGUGGAUACUGCAGCUUCCGCCACUGCGAGAUGGACCCAGGCAGGAAGCUGGUCCUCGCCUGUGUACGUGGCAUUUCUGUCGCAGCCCCAACAGCGGAGCCGUGUCCCUCACAGGAAAGAUGAUUCCGGUGGCCGAGUUCAAGCAGUUCACGGAGCAGCAGCCUGCGUUCAAGGUGCUCAAACCCUGGUGGGACGUGCUGGCGGAGUACCUCACCGUGGCUAUGCUCAUGAUCGGGGUCUUCGGCUGCACCCUGCAGGUGACACAGGACAAGAUCAUCUGUCUGCCCAGCCACGAACUCCGGGAGAAUUUCUCAGAGGCCCCCUGCCAGCAACUGCUGCCUCGGGGCGUCUCGGAGCAGAUGGGGGGCCUCCGGGAGGUAAGCGGCCUCAAGAACAAUCUGGACCUCCAGCAGUACAGCUUCAUUAACCAGCUCUGCUACGAGACAGCCCUCCACUGGUACGCCAAGUACUUCCCCUACCUGGUCGUCAUUCACACGCUCAUCUUCAUGGUCUGCACCAGCUUCUGGUUCAAGUUCCCCGGCACCAGCUCCAAGAUCGAGCACUUCAUCUCCAUUCUGGGCAAGUGUUUCGACUCUCCGUGGACCACACGGGCCCUGUCCGAGGUCUCUGGGGAGAACCAGAAGGGCCCCACCACCGGACGGGCGACAGCGACCGUGGAGGCCUCGGCGGGGCCGGGAAAAGCCAAUGAGGGUGAGAAGGAACAGGUGCUGGUGGAGCCCGAGAAGGUGGUGACUGAGCCACCAGCCGUCACCCUACUGGACAAGAAGGAGGGUGAGCAGGCCAAAGCCCUGUUUGAGAAGGUCAAGAAGUUCCGCGUGCACGUGGAAGAGGGGGACAUCUUGUACACCAUGUACAUCCGGCAGACGGUGCUCAAAGUCUGCAAGUUCUUUGCCAUCCUGGUCUACAACCUGGUCUACGUGGAGAAGAUCAGCUUCCUGGUGGCCUGCAGGGUGGAGACCUCGGAGGUCACGGGCUACGCCAGCUUCUGCUGCAACCACACGAAGGCCCACCUCUUCUCCAAGCUGGCUUUCUGCUACAUCUCCUUCGUGUGCGUCUACGGGAUCACCUGUCUCUACACCCUCUACUGGCUCUUCCACCGGCCCCUCAAGGAGUACUCCUUCCGUUCUGUGCGGGAGGAGACGGGCAUGGGUGACAUCCCCGACGUCAAGAACGACUUUGCUUUCAUGCUGCACCUCAUCGACCAGUAUGACUCCCUCUACUCCAAGCGCUUUGCCGUCUUCCUCUCCGAGGUCAGCGAGAGCCGCCUGAAGCAGCUCAACCUGAACCACGAGUGGACGCCCGAGAAGCUGCGGCAGAAGCUGCAGCGCAACGCCCGCGGCCGGCUCGAGCUGGCCCUCUGCAUGCUCCCGGGGCUGCCCGACGCCGUCUUCGAGCUCAGCGAGGUGGAGGCGCUCCGGCUGGAGGCCAUCUGCGACGUCACCUUCCCCCCGGGCCUCUCGCAGCUGGUGCACCUGCAGGAGCUCAGCCUGCUUCACUCGCCCGCCCGGCUGCCCUUCUCCUUGCAGAUCUUCCUGCGGGACCGCCUGAAGGUCAUCCGGGUCAAGUGUGAGGAGCUCCGCGAGGUGCCCCUGUGGGUGUUCGGGCUGCGUGGCCUGGAGGAGCUGCACCUCGAGGGGCUCUUCCCCCCGGAGCUGGCUCGGGCGGCGACCCUCGAGAGCCUCCGGGAGCUGAAGCAGCUCAAGGUGCUGUCUCUGCGGAGCAAUGCCAGCAAGGUGCCAGCCAGCGUGACCGACGUGGCCGGGCACCUGCAGCGGCUUAGUCUGCACAACGACGGGGCCCGCCUGCUGGCCCUGAACAGCCUCAAGAAGCUGGCGGCGCUGCGCGAGCUGGAGCUGGUGGCCUGCGGGCUGGAGCGCAUCCCCCAUGCCAUCUUCAGCCUGGGGGCGCUGCAGGAACUUGACCUCAAGGACAACCGCUUGCGCUCCAUCGAAGAGAUCCUCAGCUUCCAGCACUGUCGCAAGCUGGUCACGCUCAGGCUGUGGCACAACCAGAUCGCCUACGUCCCCGAGCACGUGCGCAAGCUCCGGGGCCUCGAGCAGCUCUACCUCAGCCACAACAAGCUGGAGACCCUGCCCACCCAGCUCGGCCUGUGCUCUGGCCUCCGCCUGCUGGACAUCUCCCACAACGGGCUGCGCUCCCUGCCGCCCGAGCUGGGCCUCCUCCAGAGCCUGCAGCACCUGGCCGUGUCCUACAACGCCCUGGAGGCCCUGCCGGAGGAGCUCUUCUUCUGCCGCAAGCUGCGGACGUUGCUCCUGGGCUACAACCACUUGAGCCAGCUCUCGCCCCAGGUGGGGGCCCUCAGGGCCCUCAGCCGCCUGGAGCUCAAGGGCAACCGCUUGGAGGCUCUGCCGGAAGAACUUGGCAACUGUGUGGGGCUCAAGAGAGUGGGGCUCCUGGUGGAGGACACCCUUUACGAGGGCCUGCCAGCGGAGGUGCGGGAAAAAAUGGAGGAGGAAUGAAGCGAAAGGUGGGGCAGGUUGGGGUAGAGGCCUUCUGGAUGCUUCCACCCCAGAAUCUCUACUAUCGUCUUCAAGCGAGGUGGCCGAGAGGGCCCAGGCCAGGAGACGAGGAGCAGACACAUCAGCCUUGGGGGGGGGGGGGGGGAGGGUCCAGACAAGAUCCUGAGAUUGGUUUGUCCGAGAAGAGACAGGAGGCUGUGGAUUUGGGGUGGACCGUCGUAGAGGGAUCAACUCAGUCACAGGAGUCUCAGACCAAAAGCACACCUGUGUCUUUGGCUGGCUGUCCUGCCCUGCCCCCGGACAUUCUAGCUCAAUUAGUGCCGUAUGUGGGGGUGAGGCACAUCCCAAUGGGAUUUCAACCCUUUCUCCCCCAACCCAAACAGCUUACAUCUGCGGUUCUCUCCCAAGGAGGGGACACAGACACAAGGGACCAGCGACCCCUGCCCCCAACUUUGAUGCCAAUCCCUUAUUUAUAAGUUGUUUGCUAUGGACACGUGAACUCAGUAAAAUGGUCCUCAUGUUUGGCCUUGCAUCAAAAUCAACAGCCCCAGAACAAAACAUCCCAGGCCCCACCCCUGAAAGACUGACUCAGGUCUGGCUGGAGGCCAGCCAGUCUGUGAAUCAGCAUCCCAGGUAAUUCUGAUGCGGGUGGUCCUAGGCCUGUAUGUUGGGAAAUGCUGACCUACAGAAUCUGGAUGUUCAGAGCCGGGGUUCUGAACCCUUUUGAAGACCUAGGACUUUUGAACAUCUUAUAAAAGUUGGGCACCUCCUUGCCCAGGAAAAUGUACACACACAUGCCAAAUUCCAAAGCUACUUCAGGCGGUCAACAGAUUCCCCCAGAUUUCCCAGAGGGCCAUUCACGGACAUCCUAAGGAUAGCAGACUCCAGGGUUAAGAACACCUGCUGUGGAAUUUACAUGUUUCUGAGAACAGGCAGGGACUUUGUGUCUUUCAAAUGUUCUCUGUGUGAGGGAGCAUCUAUCAGUGGGUGGUUAAUAAAUAAUACUAUGAGAACUAAAA